AUGCAGGAGGCUUCUCUCUACAGAAGUGGGACAGAAAUUGUCCAGAGGCUCUGCAUGAGUUGGGCCUAUCAACUGAAGAAGAAAUUAUCCAGUUUGAGGAGUCAGUCACCAAGAGAGUUCAUCAACGAGUACGCAGCACUGGGGCACAUGAGAAUAGCACCAGAGACUCCAGAACCCGUGCCAGCCUACUAUCUUCCACAUCACGGGGUACUGAAAGAGGUGGCCAUCACAACGAAGCUGAGAGUCGUAUUCAAUGGCUGCAGCCCCAGUUCAUCAGGUAUGUCACUUAACGAUAUACUGUAUUCUGGUGAAAAAUUACAGAACGAUGCCAUGGUUAUCCUGACUUGGAUGAGGAGGCACAGGCUCGUGUUUGGCACGGACAUCGUGAAGAUGUUCCGUCAGAUACGAGUUCACCAAGAUGACUGGGAUCUUCAUAGAAUCCUGCGGAUCGACGAGAAUCAACAACCAGUCACAUACCAGUUAACGACAGUCACUUAUGGACUAAAUCGUUCUCCAUGGUUGUCGUUACGUGUUCUUCAACAACUAGCAGAAGAUGAAGGGCACCGCUUCUCAGCAGCAGUAGAGACACUCACCAGAGGUCGUUACGUUGACGGCAUUUACGGCGGUGCAGAGACAGAAGACGGAGGCUUCUCUCUACAGAAGUGGGACAGAAAUUGUCCAGAGGCUCUGCAUGAGUUGGGCCUAUCAACUGAAGAAGAAAUUAUCCAGUUUGAGGAGUCAGUCACCAAGGUACUUGGAUUGUGUUGGCAUCAAUCCACCGAUACAUUCCGGUAUAAAUCAAAGGACUUCAAUGNUCUACAGAAGUGGGACAGAAAUUGUCCAGAGGCUCUGCAUGAGUUGGGCCUAUCAACUGAAGAAGAAAUUAUCCAGUUUGAGGAGUCAGUCACCAAGGUACUUGGAUUGUGUUGGCAUCAAUCCACCGAUACAUUCCGGUAUAAAUCAAAGGACUUUAAUGCGACGACAAUCACCAAGAGAGUAGUCUCUUCUGAAAUAGCCCAGAUCUUUGAUCCACUGGGAUUUAUCGCACCAGUUGUCGUCCAGAGAAAGAUUCUCCUACAAGAUCUUUGGAGAUUGAAAUUAAAAUGGGAUGAUCCUCUUCCGGACGAGUAUGUUCAACGCUGGAAGACAUUCCGAGAGAAUCUCAGUGAUCUAGACAGUGUAACUGUACCUAGAUGGCUGAGAAUUUCAACAGAGACACUCAACAUCCAAAUGCAUGGAUUUGCAGACGCUUCAUCGCUAGCCACGAAUGCAGUGGUAUAUAUUCGCACCAAAACCAUCAACGACUCAACAUCAACAGGGCUGGCAUGUGCGAAGACGAAGGUAGCACCACUCAAGCGCAUGACCAUCCCUCGUCUAGAGCUCACAGCGGCUCUUCUACUGACUCAGCUAGUGGCAUCAACGAAACAAAUGCUCCAACUCGACCAGGUAGACACCUAUCUCUGGUCUGAUUCUUCAGUAACACUAGCUUGGAUCAGGAGCCACGCAUCUAGAUGGAAGGGCUUCGUCCACAACAGGGUCGUCAAGAUCCAGGAAACUCUCCCGAACGCUACCUGGAGACAUGUCAGUGGAAAGGAGAAUCCAGCUGAUUGUGCCUCUAGAGGCAUAUCACCGAGCCAUCUAGAAGAUCAUCAACUGUGGUGGUCAGGACCUGAGUGGAUCAAUCAGGAUCCUGAAGAAUGGCCACAAUCAUCAAUCGACGCUCCAGCAAUGGACAUCCCAGAAGUGGCCAGAGAAGCAAAACCAGCACCAGCACAUCCAGUUGCAAUUAAAAUCAACGAAAUUGCAGAGCUACUCAACAGAUAUCAGACGAUGGCUAAAUUGCUAGCCGUAACAGCUACGAUAACCCAACAUCAAUACUUUGGGCCAGCUAUUCGAGUACUCCAGAAAAAUCACCAACUACCGAGAAAUCAUCAACUAGCGAAGCUGACACCUACACUAGACAACGAAAGGAUCAUGAGACUUGGGGGACGCCUCAAGAACUCGCAGUUGAAUCCAGAUGAAAUUCACCCAAUAAUCUUGCCUCGCCAGUCACGCCUCACCACACUAGUCAUCGAAGAAGGUCACCGCAAAACACUCCACGGAGGAACUCAACUCACCUUGGCCUACACACGUCAAAGGUACUGGAUAAUCGGCAGCAGAGGCACAGUUAGAGCAUAUAUUCAACGCUGUGCCAUCUGCACCAGACACCGAGGAAGACAGGCCCAGCAACAGAUGGGUCAACUACCAGCAACGAGAAUCUCACCAGCAAGAGCAUUUCUCCACACAGGGGGAGACUAUGCAGGACCAUUCGCCAUCCUGAAAUGGAGACCAACGAAUAUACAACCAGGGUCAGUUGUACAGGCUGUCAUGUACAGUGACAAUGCCACUACCUGCGUAGGCGCAGCAGAGGUCCUAGAGAAGAUCUAUCACCGAGCAUCCAGAGAAAAUCAGCAGGUUCAGGCUGCUCUCGCCACCAAUGGGACUCAAUGGAGCUUUUCACGACCACAAGCACCCCAUUUUGGUGGCAAGUGGGAAGCGGCCGUCAAAUCAACAAAAUAUCACCUUAGAAGAGUUUUGGGGACAACAACACUCACAUUUGAGGAACUCAACAGUGUCGUGGUCCAGAUAGAGGCCUGCCUAAAUUCCAGGCCAAUCUGUCCCAUGUCAGAUGACCCAGACGACCUCCAAGUACUCACCCCAGGACACUUCCUGAUAGGUGAGCCUCUUCAACUGAUUCUAGAGCCAUCAAUCAUCGACAAGAACUCCAGCAAACUGCAGAGAUGGAACCUGGUAACGCAGCUAACUCAACAAUUCUGGUCCAGGUGGGCCAAAGAGAGUCUUCAACGAUAUCAGGCAAUCUAUAAGUGGACACAUCGAGAAGAGAACAUCAAGGUUGGCGACAUGGUGCUGAUGAUCGACGAAAAUUAUCCACCAGCACAAUGGCCAAUCGGACGAGUCAUUGUGACACGCCCAGGAGCAGAUAGGCUAACGAGAGUCGCAACUAUAAGAACCGCAAAAGCAGAAGUACCAAGGCAGGCAGAUGGAUCACCAAUCAUAGAAAACAGCAGAACAAUCUACACAGAGCUUGACAGACCAAUCACCAAGCUUUGCCUACUGCCAUCAGAUCCACCACCUCCAGAGCAACCUCCAGACGAUGAUGCAGAAGAAGCUCAACAGGACUAG